UUCAGUUUUUUAUACCCUUGCAGAGGGUAUUAUAAUUUCAGUCAGAAGUUUGCAACGCAGUGAAGGAGACAUUUCCGACCCUAUAAAUAUAUAUGUCGCAGUUCUCAGAAAUAUUUGAAUUCGAUGAACGCUAAAGUUAUUUGGCGCUCCGAUUUGGUUGUCGCUUAGCAUAAGCCGCUGGUUCCUGGUAAAACAUGGAUUCUAGCAAUUCCUGCUCUACUCGUAGCGCGACGGCAUUGCCAGAUCUCUUUUAGAGUGGCGUAGUCGUCGAGUGAGGCCCGGUCGCCCAAGAGAGAGAGAGAGAACCGGAGAGCAAGAAGUUGCAAGAAGAUGAGCUCUGGUAUUUGAAGGGUAGUCAGUUUGAAUUGGGCUCUUGGCGCGAUCGGGACUUACUGCGCAAUCGAAUUGGCAGACCAUGAAAAUACUCCUUCUCCGUUAUCAGAAGUGGGAUCGGCCUUGCCACAGGACAAUGAAAGUGUUAUAGCUGCAUUAGAAGCUCAAAAUCGUGCCUUGUUGGAACUUGUGAAAUCAAUGAACACACCGCGAGUGCCCUUAACGGAAGUUAAACCGAAUUCCAUAUCAUUGCCGAAAUUCGACCCUGAUAGUGCGGGCGCGGAUGCAAGUGCGUGGUGUAAUACAGUUGCAUUAAUAUUUGCUGAAAACAAUCUACAAGGCAGUGCUCUUGUCAUGGCACUCAGCAAAGCUAUGCAAGCAAGUGCUUCCCAGUGGUUGGCGCAAAUUUGUUUCAGCGGCAUGACAUGGCCGCAAUUCCAGGAAUUGUUUGUGCAACGAUUCGUUGGUAUCGAGACCCCGGCAGCGACGUUGAUGAACAUCUUUAAUGGGCGUCCAAAUCCAGGAGAGAAUUUACCCGAAUACGGAAGCCGCCUGGUGACGUCGCUCAUGUCAAAAUUCAAAUCAAUUGAAUUGGAAGAGCUCAUCGUAUCCAUCGUUUUGACGCAUCUUUCAAACUUGGAUGCUCGCCUUUUAAAGUCAAUGUUUACGGGCGCUGUUAAAACCCGCAACGAUCUGCAGCAACAAUUAAAGGCGUAUGCGUAUUUAAAACGUAACGAAUCCUUUGGAAACGAAGUCGAAAGGAAGAAAAUGAAACUACCAUCUCUAGUGAAGUGUCAUCACUGUGGGCGUCUUGGCCAUAAGAUUGCGGAUUGUCAAAAAAGGCGAACGGACGAGAUACAACGGACCACCUCAACUCCAGGACAACAACAACGCGCAGUCAACAACAGGACCUGCUUUAAAUGUGGGGAGUUCGGGCACUAUGCUUCGGAAUGCCCACGUAAUCGACAUAAUCUCAAGGAAGUCGAGAUUAACAAAAGAGUGAACUUGGUGGCCAUAGAACCAAAGGGAGUUUUGAAACAAUUUGGAAAGUGUAGCAGCGAAGUUACAAGGAAAGCGUCAGUCUAGCACAGUGGUUUUAAGGGGCAUCGGAAACGAACCGGUGUGGAGCACAGUACAGAUAAUUUGUAAUGUUAAUAUAAACGAACAUUUUCUUGAAAUAUUGUUUCACGUUAUUAUGGAUACUUUUAUGAAUUUUGAUAUUCUUAUUGGAAGAGAUAUUUUAAGUCAAGGCUUCGGAGUCGUAAUUGAAAUAAAAUAAAUUUGUUAUUUAUAAGCCUAAAAUGGUACAAGCACUGUCGUGUGAAUUAAAUCUGAAAAAUCAUUUUAAUUUUAAUAAAGAUUUAAGUGAGCUCGAUAAAGAAAAAUUAAGUGAAAUAUUAGAAAAAUAUUCCAAAUCAUUUAUAGUAGGCA